AUGCCAGACGAGAAGCCUAACAUUCCUCCCCACGGGGCGGGUGCACUCCUACUCAGCCAGCCAGCUCACACACAGACUCAUGAAGCUGUGAUAAGGGCGCUCGGCACUGCGCUGGAUGAGGGAUUGAACCCUGAGGAAGCCAGUCGUCGUCUCCAGGAAUAUGGUCCCAAUAAACUGGAUGAGGGCGAGGGCGUUUCGGUGAUCAAGAUAUUCGUGCGCCAGGUGGCCAACGCAAUGAUGCUAGUACUGAUUCUGGCCAUGGCGGUCAGUUUCGGAAUCAAGUCAUGGAUUGAAGGCGGAGUGAUCUGUGCUGUGAUUGUCCUUAACAUUGUUGUUGGUUUUUUUCAAGAGUACGCCGCGGAAAAAACUAUGGAGUCGCUGCAUUCGUUAUCAUCACCAACAGGGACUGUCUCCAGAGGUGGCCGGACGUUCUCGGUGCCGUCGCAUGAGAUCGUACCGGGUGACAUGGUAGAGCUGAGGACGGGAGAUACUGUUCCGACAGAUAUUCGUCUGGUUGAGGCAGUCAACUUCGAAACCGAUGAGGCUCUCCUGACCGGCGAGUCUCUUCCCGUCCAGAAGGAAUGUGACUCAACCUUCAAAGAGGAUACCGGCCCUGGUGACCGUCUUAAUAUCGCUUAUAGCUCGAGCACGGUCACUCGUGGUCGAGCUCGAGGUGUGGUUGUUAGUACAGGCAUGUCCACCGAAAUUGGAUCCAUUGCCCUUGCAUUACGGGCCAGUGAUAACAAGCGACGGCCCGUCAAGCGUGGGCCCGAAGGUGAGACUAAGAAACGGUGGUAUAUCCAGGCCUGGACUCUUACUGGGACGGAUGCUGUGGGCCGUUUUCUUGGUGUCAAUAUCGGCACGCCCUUGCAAAGGAAGCUGUCCAAACUGGCCUGUUUACUAUUUGGAAUUGCCGUUCUAUUCGCUAUUGUUUGCAUGGCUGCAAAUUACUUCAGCAGCAACAAUGAAGUUAUCAUGUACGCCGUUGCAACAGGCAUCAGCAUGAUCCCGGCCUGUCUUGUCGUCGUCCUUACGAUCACUAUGGCAGUUGGCACCAAGCGCAUGGUCGAGCGGAAUGUGAUUGUGCGAAAACUGGACUCCCUGGAAGCACUUGGUGCCGUUACCGACAUUUGUUCUGAUAAGACCGGUACAUUGACUCAGGGCAAGAUGGUUGUCAAAAAGGCGUGGAUCCCAUCCCGAGGCAUAUAUUCCAUCGGCACGUCCAGCGAGCCUUUCAAUCCUACUGUUGGGGAUAUUACCUUCACCCCUGUGCCUCCUUUGGAAUUUGACGAGGAGAACGAAGGUGCCGCUGUGCAGAAUAUCGAGGAUCUGAUUCUAGACAAUCGUCAGCUCGAGGACUUUCUGAAUGUCGCUUCUAUGGCCAACCUUUCUCACGUCUUCAAGUCCGAAGAGGGCGAAUGGAGCGCUCGGGGCGAACCUACUGAAAUUGCCAUCCAAGUCUUUGCGUCAAGAUUCAAUUGGAACCGAGACCGCUGGACCAAGGGUGAGGGUGCAGUGUGGCAUCAAAGGGCCGAGUUUCCAUUCGACUCGACAAUAAAGAAAAUGUCUGUGAUCUUCAGCAAAGGGACCCUUGGGGGAAAAGACGACUGCACCACGGUGUUUACGAAGGGUGCGGUCGAGCGCGUCGUCGAAUCGUGUACCUCUGUUGUUUGGGAUCAAGGCUCAUCUACCCCGGUGCCCAUGACCGACCACCACCGUGGGAUGAUUUUUGAAAACAUGGAGGAACUCGCCAAGCUAGGACUUCGGGUAUUAGCCCUGGCUCAUCGACCAUAUACUGACAAGGUCCAAUUACUUGAAGGUUCCGACCCCGAACGUGAUGAUGUUGAGACGGAUCUGUGCUUCCUGGGACUGAUUGGGUUAUACGACCCCCCACGGCCUGAAACAGCAGACUCAAUCCAGGCCUGCUAUAAGGCUGGGAUUGUUGUUCACAUGGUCACUGGCGAUCACCCUGGCACUGCAAAAGCGAUUGCUCAGCAAGUUGGGAUCCUGCCAGCUGAUUUCAGCGCUGUCGCUGCGGAUGUCGCGGAUGCUAUGGUGAUGACUGCAAGCCAAUUCGACAAACUCACGGAUAACCAGGUAGAUGCGCUUCCAACGCUGCCUUUGGUCAUUGCACGCUGCGCCCCGCAAACGAAGGUACGAAUGAUUGAUGCCCUCCAUCGUCGUGGUCGCUUUGCGGCGAUGACUGGGGAUGGGGUGAAUGACUCGCCUUCACUCAAGCACGCCGACGUGGGUAUCGCUAUGGGGCAGGCAGGGUCGGAUGUGGCUAAAGAUGCUUCUGAUAUUAUUCUGACAGACGAUAACUUUGCCUCUAUCCUUAAUGCUGUUGAAGAAGGCCGUCGUAUCUUCGAUAAUAUUCAGAAGUUUGUUCUUCAUCUAUUAUCUGAAAAUAUUGCCCAGGCCUGUACCCUUCUGAUUGGACUGGCGUUCAAAGACGCUGAUAAUCAAUCUGUCUUCCCACUGUCACCAGUUGAAAUUCUCUGGAUUAUUAUGAUCACGUCAGGUAUGCCCGAUAUGGGCCUUGGAAUGGAGGUUGCCGCCCCUGAUAUCAUGGACCGCCCUCCCCAGAGCAAGCAGGGUAUAUUUACCUGGGAAGUGAUUGUUGACAUUCUAGCCUAUGGGGUAUGGACCGCGGCGCUCUGUCUGGCAGCGUUCUCUGUCCGUAUGUGGGGAUUCGGUGACGGCAAUCUGGCCCGUGGCUGCAACAAGGAGUGGUCUGACGAGAUCAAGGACUGUGAACUGGUCUUCAAAGCAAGAGCCACCACGUUCGUGUGCCUGACCUGGUUUGCCCUCUUCCUGGCUUGGGAAAUGGUCAACAUGCGCCGGUCGUUCUUCCGCAUGCAGCCAAAGUCAAAGAAAUACUUUACGCAGUGGAUAUAUGAUGUCUGGCGCAACAAGUUCCUUUUUUGGUCUAUCAUGGUCGGGUGGAUUACAAUAUUCCCCAUCCUUUAUAUCCCUGUGCUCAAUGAUGUUGUCUUCAAACACAAGCCCAUCACCUGGGAAUGGGGCAUCGUGGCGGUUGAGGCUGUCCUUUUCUUCAUGGGUGUUGAGGCCUGGAAGUGGGCCAAGCGAGUUUUCCUCCGUCGCAGAGCUCACAGGAACCCAACGUUGGCUUCCAUGAGAACCGAACCGGAGCGACCCUAA